UAGUACACACAUAAUACCCACUAAAAAAAAUGCUGCUAUUCGAAUUCUCAUUUAUUAUCACAACAUUUCGAUAAUGUUAGUGUUAAAAUUCUCGAGUGAUCGCGUAACGUUUAAUCCCGUCGUCUUUAUUCUUGAUUCGUAUAGUAUUCGUGUAUUGCAACUAUUUCACACCGAUGGCCGAUCUCAUCUGUGAUCCGUGUUUGUCAACAAACCAAGCCGAGAAUCAACAAGAACUUUUGUCUUCCUUCAAGGAACGAAAAUUCUACGAAUUCAACAACCUGAUAAAAUGUCGAGACAUAGACGUCGAUUACUUCUACGGCGACCCAGACAACGGUACGUUAUUAGACCUAGUCUGUCGAUCCAGCGGAAAUGGCAGGUACGCUUCCAUUCUCAUCUUAAACGGAGCCUCAAUCUGGCUCAAAAAUCACGUCACUGGGAAAUUCGCUCUAAACGAGGCGAUCGCCAAUUCAGAUCCGAAUACGAUACAGCAACUCAGCAUGGCUCUGAGACAACGAAUCACAACAGCUAGCGAUGAAUUCAGAAAUAACCUUAUGCACACUGCUAUCGAGAUCAACGACGUCGAUAUAAUGAGAUUCAUAGCUCGCUGCCUUCCUCAAAAACCCGAACAUAAUCCAAAAGCACCUCAUUUCGUGUUACUUCAAGGAAGCAUCGAAGCAGUCAGAGUAUUCAUCGAGUACUUCGACGUUGACAAAGAGUUCCAAAGGGAUCCUCAAUGUAGGGCUCAUACAUGUCGUGAAAUAAUCCUUCAGAAAUAUCCUCAACUGGAGCCAGAACUUCCGACUAGAUCGAUUAGCGAAAUACAAGAUAUUUUAUUCUUCUAUUUGCGAAAUGGUGCUCCCGAAUUAUUUCUCAGUCUAGCAGACCGAGUCAGUGAAGAAAUAUUAAGCAAUAGCAUUUCAGAUAACGACAAGACGUAUUUACACGUAGCCUGCGCAUUUAAUCAUAUCGAUGUAGUAGAUGCCCUGCUAGAGAGAAACAUUCGGGUGAAUAAAUUCGCUAAAAAUCCAGGCUACCCUUAUAACAAAACGAUGCCAAUAAUGGUGGCUGCUUACAAAGGUCAUUACGAGAUAGUCAACAAGUUACUGAGCUCUCGAGAAGUCGAACUUCAAUCCGAAGGAACCGGAUCAGUGUUGCAUUCUUUAAUACGUGGCAUGCGAGAAGAGAAAAAUGCUGCAGAAAAUCAUCGCCGAAUUCUGAAACUAUUCCUCGAACGAAAGUUUCCCUUUUCCGAGAGAUUAAAUAUAGAUCACAUAGAUGAGCUUGGAAUGACCGCUCUUCAACUAGCCAUAGGAGUCAAUCACGAGUUCGUCAUCGAGUCACUUCUCAAUGCUGGGGCUGAUCCGUACAUAAAAGAUCCCGAUGGCAAACCUACCCUAACUCUGAUACCAGAUUACGUCCUGGAAAGCUAUUUCGACAGCUGUAUUAGCUUGAAGAGAGAAUGGGUCUGCCCGACGAAAAUCGGCGAGAAGAUGUCAUUCAACUACAGUGUGUUCCGAAGACUAGACCAAAAUUCAACUCCAACCGGUUACGAGAUGGAAUCGUUCGAUUUAAUGGAACAAAUACCCGAACUGAGAGAACUAUUCAAGCACCCUCUCUCUAAAAGCUUCCUUUACUUGAAAUGGUGUCUGGUCAAGAAAUACUACUAUUUGAACUUGGCCUUCUAUUUGACCUUCUGCGUGGCCAUGAGCGUGCAUAUUUUUCAAAUUCAGGAUUGCCCUACUAUGCAACACGAUACCGAAACUUUAUCCCUUCUAUGCCACGUACCCUGCUUGCUGCCGAUAACUUUGGUAUUUUAUUCCAUAUUCAUUAUUCGAGAACUUUGCCAACUUUCUGUAUCAAUCCGAAAGUAUUUUGGUUCAUUGGAGAACUGGUUGGAAGUGGUGAUGAUCUCGGUGAUUGCAGCUCACGUUUGGUGCCAAGACGAUGCUCAUCUAGCAGCGACAGUCAUUCUCACGUCGUGGAUUGAGUUUGUACUGCUGCUGGGUAAAUAUCCAUCGUUUUCUAUCUACAUAGAGAUGUUCAAAACGGUGGCGUUGAAUUUCGCCAAAUUUCUCACCCUGUACUCGAUUCUGAUCGGAUCGUUCGCCUACAGCUUCUUCAUCUUGUUCAGAAGCGAAACGAGCAAGAAAAUUCCAUCGCCGCCAAAAAAUUGUACCAAAAUUGAAGGUCAGCAAGAUGACGAAGAUGGCGGUGAAAAUCUAAUCAAUACGUGGAAAGAUACCAAAAUAUCGCUUAUAAAAUCCAUAAUCAUGAUGACUGGUGAAUUCGACGCUUCUGAUUUACCCCUCGGGGCAACUUUCAGUUUCAGUUACGUAUUCUUCAUUCUGUUCGUCUUCCUCGUCGCCAUGGUUCUUUACAGUCUGCUGAAUGGGUUGGCAGUCAGCGAUACGAGAGAAAUCAUGGAAGAUGCCGAAGUGGUCGCUCUGAUAUCUCGAGUCAAACAGAUAUCUCAAUUGGAACAUCUAGCUAUAACCAAUCCAUUCGAAUAUUUUCGGUCUCUCGGAUCAAGGCUCUUCAGUUGCAAGGCAAUCAGGCGAUUCGAAAACGUAUGUUUGUCUUUUCGUAACAAACUGUACAGAGAUAAUGUCACACUGUCGAGCAUAAUUGGUAAAGAAAUGCUUAUAUCGGUACGAAGAAGCGAAAAUAAUAAAAUACAAACCAUUUCUAAGGUUAAAAAUUUUGGCAACAUGCCUUCGGAUAUUGUCCAACAAUCCGAACAGAUAUUGGAGAAACGAAACCAAUACGAUUUUGAUAAUUUCGAUCAGAAUUUGCCAGAAAAUGGAAUGAUGAAAGAUUCGUCUAAGAAGGAAUCAGUUGAUGAGAUAGUUCAUCGAUUUAGCGAUCAAAUACGCGAUUUGAACCUGGAAAUCAACCAGAAAAUUGCUGCAAUCGAAGUGAAAAUGGCCAAACGUGAGGAAAACCUGGUGCAAAGUGUUCAAGGAAUGAAGAAAAUGCUCGAAUCAGUGGUUCAGGCACUGCCUGCUGGUACAUCUCAAGCAGAGAGAGAAGUUCUUGAUGAGAUAAAUAAAUAAAAAAUGUAAAAUUUUAAUUUUUUUGUCAAAUAAGAUCUCAAUGUUUUCUAUGCUUCAUUAAAUUUCUUUGUAUAUUUUUUUAU